AUGUGGGGUGACUUCAAAAGCCUGUUUUUGUCCCGUGACGAUUGCGUGGACAAACCAGCAGCUACUCUUGUCAAAAUGAUGAGUAGCAAGCCUAAAGAAGGUGAAUGCUACGCUGCAUACGCCGCCCGAUGCGGCAACGCCGGACAUUUUGCUACGGAAUGUCCACGUGGCAACAGUGGAGGAGCUGGCGCGGCAGGAGGCGCUUGCAGUUCCGGAGCUGUGCCUGCAGCAGCGGUCGAGUAA